AUGCCACUACAAGACGUUUCCAAUGAUUCGUCAAUGAUCGACUGGUUGCGACAAGCUGGCCAUGGACAUUUGAUAGCUAAAGAUCAGCAAUAUUCGAAUAUUUCUACAUCAGCAUCAUUACCGAGCUUUCCACAUACUGUGAAUAAUGAUGAACUCUAUCGCUCUUCACAAAAUCGCUCGACAACGUUUGGUCAAGUAGCCAAUUUUAAUAAAGAAUCCUAUGACUAUCAUGAUAAUGCUCGACACUACACUUCGCUAUCUCCACCACCACCUAUGAUCCCUAGUGGUUGUACUAGUGCUAGUCCGUAUCAUCAUUCGUACAACCAAUCAACAUCGUUGAGUCCAUCUCCAAAUAUUAAUAACCUAUCAUACAACGCCCAGUACAAUUCAAUACCAUCUUCAGUGCAAUUUCAAGCACCGCACAUGAGUCAAUUUCAAACUGACGCUGAUAUUGAACAUAUGAAACAUGAUCCCAAUACUCGUGUUAUACAUCGUCCACCAGAAAAUGAUGUGGUCUACCGACAGCGAGUUUUUGUAAAAUAUCUACAACCGCCUACACCACCAGUAGGUGGCGCUAUUAUUGUUCGUGAAAAACAAUUACCACAGCCACCUCCUGACCCACCUCUCGUUAUUCGACGCGCUCCACCACCUCCCCCAACUCCACCUCCAGUUGUUAUCCGUGAACGACCACCGCCCAUUCCACCACCUGAAGGCACUACAAUUAUCAAUAAAAUUAUUCCACCUCCACCGAAGCCGCCUCGUCAAGUAAUCAUCGAGCAAUAUCCUCAGCUACCACCCAAACCUCGAGAUGUUAUUCUAGAAAAGUGGUUACCCGUUGCACCACGACAACGUCGUAUUUUCUAUGAACGUUUACCUCCUCCCAGAGUGAAUCCUCCACCACGACCAAUCGUUGUUCAACAUGGACAACCUCCAGUGCGUAUUCAUCGGCAAGUCAUAGCAGCACCUGGACCGCAACCUGUCUAUCAUCAUGCUUCGCAUCACACGGAUCUCAACCAAAUCUUGAUGCAAGCCGGUACUCAUCAUCAACCCCAUUCAUUUGUAGCUCCUUCAUCUCUAGUAUCAUAUAGUCCAUAUACAACAUUCGAUUCCUGUCACAGUGGCAUUGGACAUCCAUAUUCCAACGUAACGGUUGUGAACGAUGCAUAUUCAAAUGUUUUGUCAUCAUCGCCCUAUGGAUUACCAUUAUCUCACGUCUACUCACCGAAUCCAGUGAUUGGAUUAGGUGCCUACGGAAGCAGUAUAUCAAGUAUUCCAUCCAUUGGCUGCUCGGUUGGAGGACAUUCGUCUGUAUUCACUGUGCCUGAACAUGUUGGUGUCGAUAGUAUUCUUCAUCAACUUGGUGUGGAUCCACAUUCACUUCAUUCAGCGUCAGACCCACAUAGUGCAGUUGCACAUGUGUGGAAUGCUGCUUCACAUGCAGUACAACACAAUUUAACAAAUCCAUCAUUUACAAGUUAUAAUACUGUUGAACAUCAUCCUCAUCUACAAAUAACGGGUACAUCCACGAACUCUUGUUUUCUUCUCAUUGAAUGA